UUUCCAAUCUAAUCGCUGGUUCUGUUUCUCCGCACAACCAACCUAGCCAGAGAUCGUCGGAGAUGGCGACCUUCCGCGUCGCGGACGCGUCGGAGUACCUGGCCAUCACCGGCUGGGGCAUCGACGACGUCAAGCUCGCCAAGAAGGCGUGGGUCUUCGUGGGGCAGCAGUGCAAGAAGUUCAGCAUCUCGCCGGUCAACUACGAGUUCGAGGUGCACGCCAUGAGCGCCGAGAAGCUGCCCUUCAUCCUCCCCGCCGUCUUCACCAUCGGCCCCAAGAUCACCGCCACUGGGGCAGAGGCGUCAGACAAGAGGGACCUUGAAGCGCAGCUCCUCCUCUACGCCAAGCUCAUUGCCCCGCUGCACAGGUCGAGGAGCCACGUCCACGAGCUCGUCAAGGGGAUCAUCGAGGGCGAGACCCGCGUGCUCGCCGCCGACCUUACCAUGGAGGAGAUCUUCAAGGGGACCAAGACCUUCAAAGAGAAGGUUUUCAACAGGGUGCAGCUGGAGCUUAAUCAGUUCGGACUCGUCAUCUACAACGCCAACGCCAAGCAGCUGGUGGAUGUGCCGGGGCACGAGUACUUCUCCUACCUCGGGCAGAAGACGCAGCAGGAUGCCGCCAACCAGGCCAAGGUGGACGUGGCCGAGGCCCGGAUGAAGGGAGAGGUGGGCGCCAAGGAGAGGGAGGGCCUGACUCGGCAGAACGCCGCCAAAGUGGAUGCUGAGACCAAGGUGUUGUCGGUGCGGCAGCAGGGUCAAGGGCUCAAGGAGGAGGCCAAGGUGAAGGCCGAGGUGCAGGUGUUCGAGAAUGCAAGGGAGGCCGACAUCGCGGCGGCCAAGGCUGAGCUUGCCAUGAAGAAGGCCGGAUUUGACAAGCAGGCCAAGGUGGCCGAGGUUGAGGCGGCCAAGGUCGUCGCCAUCCGCGAGGCCGAGCUCCAGAUGGAGGUCGAGCGCAAGAACGCCAUGCGCCAGACCGAGAAGCUCAAGGCCGAACAGCUCAGCAAGGCCACUGUGCAGUACGAGACACAGGUAGUAUCUACGUUCAAAGAAUCAAAUGCGCUGUUCUACAGCAGGCAGAAGGCGGCGGAGGCGGCGCUGUUCGAGCAGAUGAGGUCGGCGGAGGCGCGCAAGGCGCAGGCCGACGCGCAGUUGUUCGAGCAGAAGAUGGCCGAGGACGCCAAGCUGUACGCGAAGCAGAAGGAGGCCGAGUCCCUGGCCCUGCUGAGCAGGGCCAAGACGGAGUACGCGGCGUCCAUGCUCCAGGCGCUGGGCGGCAACUACUACGCCCUCAGGGACUACCUCAUGAUCGACGGCGGCAUGUACACGGAGAUGGCCAGCAUCAACGCCGGUGCAGUCAACGGCAUGCAGCCCAAGAUCAGCAUCUGGAGCAACGGCGGCGGUGCGGACGGCGCCGCCGCGAAUGCCGGCAAGGAGGCCACGGGAGGCAGCGCGCUGCAGCAGGUGGCCGGGGUGUACAAGAUGCUGCCGCCGCUUCUGUCCACGGUGCACGAGCAGACUGGGAUGCUGCCGCCGGCGUGGAUGGGCGCGCUGCCCAAGGACGGCGCCGCCAACUGAUCAUCGUAGAGUGCGCGUUCCUCGUUCUAUUUGGUGCCAAGACUCGUCAGCUUAAGUUUAAAGAACUAUGAAUAUCCCAGAUGUUUUUAUUAGGUUGCUUUAGGGCCCGCGUUUUUUCAGGUUUAAAGAACUAUGAAUAUCCCAGAUGUUUGUCCACUAUCAGUCGUGUUAUGUUUCGAACAUUUU